CAGCUUUUAUCGUAUGAUUCAACAUGACUGACCAACCUUGGGAGUCCUUACUGGGCUGUGUUGGGCCAAAUAGCAUUUCAGCUGCCCAUUUAAAAGCUCUGUAUGAGCCAGGCUACAUACCAGAUGUGGCAAUGGAUGCGCUCAUGAGUAUCACCUGCAAGAAAUUCAAUGAUGUGUACAAUAUUUGUACACAAUCCAUGACUAAGAUUCUGUCUGGAUCCCAGAGGGUUAAAAGCCACUACUUCUGCAAGAAAGAUCUAUUUAAAACCUACACUAAAGUUAUUGGUGCCCUCCUGGAAAAUGAAAAUCACUGGACCCUUUUUUUCUGUGACCUCACAAAACAAGAAGUCACAUACAUGGAUCCAUUUGGUGAAGCCAAUGGCAAGAAAAACGAGAUUCUGAAGAAUUGGAGUUCUUUUGCCAAAGCUAAAGGAUGUGCCCUGAAAUGGACAUGGCAUGAUGUGCCCCACCCACGACAAGAGGAUGGACAUUCUUGUGGGGUCCAUGUGCUAAUGUUUGCUCAGGCCCUGCUUGAGGGAAAAGGUUUCGUGGAUGGAUAUGCCUCAGUGGAUAUACCCCAGCUGAGGGCACAGUUCUGCAACAUUCUGUUUUCCUCUUUAGAUAGAGGAGUAAAGUGCACAGUGUGCUGGAGUGUCCUGAUGAAAGAUAAGGUGUGCUGUCAGGAAUGUGGUGCACACAGCCAUUUGAGAUGUCAACGAACACCAUGUGGCAUCUGUGUAAUUUCAGGUGAAGGAAACACUAUGUUCGAACAUCUACAAAAAGGAGAAAGUAAGCAGACAGAGGAAAGCACAAGAAGACCUUCAGAGGAUGAGAAGAAACAAGAGGAAGAAGAGAAAAGGGAAACUCACAAAACAGAAAAAGUGGAAAUUCAUAAACUUUCCCAAUGA